AUGUCGAAAAUAUUAAGAUCCAUCACUUCUGGAUUUAUAAGGUUGACAGCCAGACGGCGUAUGAGUUUGCAGUCAAAAUAUAUGCAGGAAGAAUUUUGCAUACUUGUUGAUGAGACCGAUUGUGUUUUAGGCUUUGCCAACAAACAAAACUGUCACCAAGUGAUUGGCGAUAAAUGCUUACUUCAUCGAGCUUUUAGCUUGUUUCUUUUCCGUCGGGGUACGACUAAUGGAAAUCCGAACGGCAGUCUUGAGUUACUUAUGCAAAAACGUUCCACCAAUAAGCCAACAUUCCCGUCCUUAUGGUCCAACACGUGCUGCAGUCAUCCAAUCAGAAACUUUCCUGAUGAAAUGGUCGAAUUAGAUGCAAUUGGAGUGAAAAAAGCUGCCCAAAGGAAAGCUCUACAUGAAUUAGGCAUAAAAGCAGAUUUUUUGCCACUAAGUCGAAUAAACUUCCUGGGUCGAGUACUGUAUGCAGCAACGAACGAACCAUUUUCCCAAAAUAAAUUUGCUGAACAUGAAGUGGAUUACAUUCUCGUUAGCGUGCUUGAUCCAGUGGCGACACAAAAUACAAAUACAAAUUUACUAGAAGUUAAUCCUGAUGAAGUAAGCGAUGUGCGUUGGGUGUCUUUGGACGAAUUUGAAAGUAUGGAACAUUUCUCACCAAAUUAUACGAACUUAUCGCCAACUGCAAACGCUUACUUGUGUAAAUCGAAUAUCACACCCUGGUUACGUGGUCUUCUUACAAGUGGACUUCUACGAAAACUAUGGAGUUGGGCAGAAGCAUCAUGUAGUGAUCAAUCACAAGGGCGUUUCCUAAUCGAAGAUAAUUUUUGGGAUCGAAAUAGGAUAAUACAUUUAUCUGCUAAGGAUGUACAGUAA